CGCCGCGCACCGCCCACCCACAGACGCGCGUGGCUCUCGGCGGAGGCGGCGCCCGCGCUGCGGCCGCCGGGCCCGGGCAGCGAGCAUCCUCCCUUCUCCGUUCCUCCCUCCGGCCCUAGUCGCCGCAGCCCCGCGGUGAUGAGCCCCGAGCCGGUCCCGCCGCCGCCCCCCUGUCGCGGCUGCGACUGCGGGGAGCCGCUCGCCCAGCGGGUGGAGAAGGGCGACGAGGCCUUCCGCGCGGGCGAGUACGAGACGGCGGCCGAGCUCUUCCGCUCCGCGCUGGCCGGCCUGGCGCGGCCCGACCGCGGCCUGUGCCUGCGGCUGGGGGACGCGCUGGCCCGCGCCGGCCGCCUCCCCGAGGCCCUGGGCGCGUUUCGCGGCGCCGCGCGGCUCGGGGCGCUGCGGCCCGACGAGCUGGGGGAGCUGGCGAGCGGCCUGGCGUGCGUCCCGGGCCCGCGCGAGCGGCGGCCGCCGGUGGGGAAGCCGGGCCGCGCCCCCGGGGAGGCGCCGAGCGGGGGGCCGUCGGCCUCGGUGCCCGCGGCGCCUCGGGACCUGCUGGACUGCCCGCGCUGCCAGCGGCUGCUGCACAAGCCGGUGACGCUGCCGUGCGGGCUCACGGUGUGCAGGCGCUGCGCUGAGCCGGGGCCGGGCCGGCCGCCGGCGCGCCGCGUCAACGUGGUGCUGAGCGGCCUGCUGGAGAAGUGCUUCCCGGCCGAGUGCCGGGCGCGCAGGCUGGCGGGCCAGGUGCGGAGCCUGCAGCGCCAGCAGCAGCCCGAGGCCGCGCUGCUCAGGUGCCACCAGGCCCUGGACCUCGCUCCUGGUGAUAAUUCGUUAUUGCUGCUGCGGGCAGAGUUGUAUUUAUCCAUGAAGAACUAUGAACAGGCUCUGCAGGAUGCCAGUGCGGUUUGUCAGAAUGAACCUCUCCUGCCUAAGGGACAUCACGUGAAAGCUCUGGCUCUUUCCGGACUGGGAAGAAGUAAGGAAGUGUUGAAGGAGUUUCUCUACUGCCUUGCUUUGAAUCCUGAAUGUAACUCAGUGAAGAAAGAAGUGCAGAAGGUAAUGUGUGAGGUGUUUUUCCCUGCUUCAGAAAACGUGCCUCAGCGUUUAACAUCUUCCGUCCAAAGCAGAAUGUUGAACACAAGAUUAACGGCUCAGUGUCAGAACCACGUAAACAGCCAGCCUCCUGUGGAGGGAGGUGGCAGUGCAGGGAGUUCUAAGAAUCCAUCUGAGAAACAGGAUGUGUUUAGAAAUACCAAUUCUUCGGUGUUAUAUUUUAUACUGGGCCUACACUGUGAAGAGGAUAAGGAAGUGUUAGAAAGUUUUCUUCCAGCGGCGCUGAGCACUGGUUUAAAGAGACAGUUUCCGAAUGAUUUGGAGGAUGCACACGAUGUGAACGCCCCUGGAAAAAUUCCCAAGAAAGAGGCUGAUUCCUCACCCCAAAGGAACGUGAGCUCUAACGUAGGAGAAAGUGCAGAGCUCCUGAUAGACGUGGCUGAUUUUGAGUGUGCCCUUUGCAUGAGGUUGCUCUUUGAGCCUGUCACUACGCCCUGUGGACACACGUUUUGCCUAAAAUGCCUCGAGCGCUGCCUGGACCAUGCCCCGCAUUGUCCUUUGUGCAAAGAAAAACUCUCAGAAUUGUUGGCAAGCAGAAAUUUUCAUAUAACUACUCUGGCUGAAGAAUUAAUAUUUCGAUAUUUGUCAGACGAACUGUCCGACAGAAAGAGAAUUUAUGAUGAAGAAAUGACGGAGCUUUCAAAUCUGACCAGGGACGUGCCCAUCUUCGUGUGUGCCAUGGCCUUCCCCACCGUGCCCUGUCCGCUCCACGUCUUUGAGCCCCGCUAUCGGCUUAUGAUAAGAAGAUGCAUGGAAACUGGCACCAAACGGUUUGGCAUGUGUUUAUCUGCUGAGCACGCAGGGAUCUCAGAGUACGGCUGCAUGCUGGAGAUCAAGGACGUCAGGACGUUCCCCAAUGGCAGCUCCGUCGUGGAUGCCAUUGGGAUUAGCCGCUUCCGGGUUUUGAGCCACCGUCACAGAGACGGCUACAACACGGCGGACAUUGAGUAUCUGGAGGAUGAAAAGGUGGAAGGUCCAGAGUAUGAAGAACUCACCGCACUGCACGAUUCAGUUUAUCAGCAGUCUGUGUCCUGGUUUGCUUCACUUCAGGAUCACAUGAAAGAACAGAUUUUAAGCCAUUUUGGGUUAAUGCCCGACAGAGAACCUGAGCCUCAGAGUAACCUUCGUGGUCCUGCCUGGUCCUGGUGGACCCUGGCAGUGCUGCCGUUGGAGCGGAAGGCUCAGCUGGCCAUGCUCAGCAUGAUCUCGCUGAAGGAGCGUCUGCUCGCCAUUCGGCGAAUACUAGCCAUCAUCACGCGUAAGAUGAGCAGUCGGCAAGAGCUGGUUAAUAAUAGCCGGGAGAGAAAUAAUUGAUUUCCUCUCUCAGGGUUUCUGCAAGCCCUUGUCUUUUUAUGAGGAGUUCCAGGCACGGACGAGUGACAUCCAUCCAUCGUGCUUUGUAAAAUGCUUGUUGAUACGGUUACAGAAUGGAACACUUAGCACACGUUGAGCCCUACUCAAAAGUUGCAAGUCUGUGCCUGGUGGAAUCUGACUCUGUACGAGGUUAGCCUGAAAUUUGAAUGGAUCCCACGGUUGGAAAACAACCUAAGAAAAUCUCUCUGAACCAGAUGCUUUUGGUGUGUAGCUCACUGACAACAGGGGACAGCCCAGAUGAUUGACAAGUGGUUUAGGUUUUGCAAGAAAGAAGACUCCCUUCCCAGUAAAGUGUCUUGCUCGUCCAGAUGAGAACAGCAUGCUUUGGAGGGAAAUCACAUUUUUAUCUGGAAGCAUAUUUCUCAGAGUACAGGCUAACCAAAAACGUGCUUAGGCUUUGUGUGUCACUGUGAAGUUGUCUGUGAGGUGGAGGAAUCAAACAGUUGUCUAGUGGCAGGGCUGAAGUGAGUCCUUACCCAAGGAGUAGUAUAGAACCGGUUAGAACUGUGUUUUGUGUCCUGCAGUAGAUCAGGUGUUGUAAAUUGCAUGUUUUAAUUAAAUGAAUAUCAAAAUACAAGAAGGGUACCUUGGAUGUAGAAAAAUCUGAAAACAGUAUAGUUGAUUUGAGGAUAUGUACUUACACACACACACACACAAAACAAAGAAUGAAUAAAGGGAGCUAAAACUGUACAUGCAUUGGGAUGUUCAGAAUACAACCAAAGUAGUGCAAAGAACCCCUUGAAAACAUAACCCUGUCCCAUUAAUUCAGUGGAUGUGAAGCAUUUAGGAAAUGUCAUCUUUCUACUCAGAUUGGCAUUAGAAACUAGGCCCAUCAGUAAAUUUGAGUUCACCAUCCAUCCACUAAUAUAUGAAGACAUUAAAAAGCUGCUAUGAAAUGGGUAUCUGUCUAUUCCAGGAAAACACAUCGGGACAGUAUACAAGGAGAGGGAGGCAGGUAUGGGAUGUAAACAUUUAGCAAGUUUUUCUCCAACCCCAACCUGAAAAUUAUCUUUCUUUGGUUUUUUUA